AUGGUUGAAGAAGUGACCCAAGACGCCCAUGGCUACGCCAAAUUAGUGGGCCGUCCAAGAAAAAGGCAAAGCGAUGGUUUUUCCAGUUCUAGAGCUGCUUAUGGCAAUAUUUCCCCACCAGUGGACUCUUUUAACGUUAUUUAUUUAUCGUUUGUACUUGGUGGCAUGGGGUUUUUGCUACCAUAUAACAGCUUCAUCAUGGCAAUGGAUUACUUCAAAAUGAGAUACAAUAACUAUCCGGUAGUGUUUGACAUGUCCUUAGUGUAUAUUGUAGUGGCACUUUUAACUGUAUUAACUAACAACUUAUUGGUGGAAACUUUUUCUUUAAAUUCCAGAAUAAAUUUUGGUUACAUAAUGUCAUUUAUCACCCUUAUAUUUGUGGUGGUUUGCGAAGUUUGGUGGGAAGCUUGGGGUACAGUUACAUCGUAUACUGUUAACUUAGCAGCUGUUGCAGUUGUAUCUGUAGGAUGUACAGUACAACAAUCUAGUUUUUAUGGAUACACAAGUAUGCUACCACCAAAGUACACACAAGCAGUCAUGGUAGGUGAAAGUACCUCAGGAGUAUUCACUUCAAUAGUCCGAGUCAUAACGAAAUUCAUCGUCAACGAGCUACGAGGCAGUACCGUCUACUUUUUUACUGUUUCAGUGUCCACAGUACUAACAUGCUUUGCUAUGUAUCACCUGAUAAGACGUUCCGAUUUUAUACAGUUUUACAUAGCCCUAUGCGAACGAGCUAAAACUAGAAUCACGUUGGAACCCACCGAAGACGCUGGACUAAUCGAAACCAACGACGCUCAAUACGGAAUUUUGAAAAUUCAAACUAGUCCACCUCCUACUACAGGCAAUCAAUUGAGCUUUGCUAAUCCUGCUUACGAACCUACAGCACCUGUACCAACUUAUAAGGUCGAAGAUGUUGUUGUUAGAGGCAGUCAUAGCGUUAGUACUAGUGGAGUUGGGAUUAAUGCUUUCAAACGUGGAAUCUAUGCAAGAUGGGAAGUAACGAAAGCCACAUACCCAUAUAUGAUCUCUAUAUGUUUAGUAUACUUUGCUACGCUCUGUAUAUAUCCAGGAGUGGCCUCGGAGGUUGUCAGUUGCACUCUAGGUUCGUGGAUGCCCAUACUAAUGAUGGCAUUGUUUAACGCUUCCGAUUUGAUUGGGAAAAUGAUUGCCAGCAGUGCUAGAUGCUGGACAGGAGCUCGUCUAGUCAAAUGCUCUGUAAUGAGGCUAAUACUGAUACCCUUAAUGAUAAUGUGUGUAGCUCCGAGGUCCAGUCCUAGGUUUUCCGCUGAAAUUACUGCGUUCAUUUAUUCGGUAAUGCUUGGGUUUACUAAUGGGAUUUUAGGAAGUGUGCCUAUGAUACAGGCGCCUACUAAAGUUGACGAUAGACAUAGAGAACUUACAGGCAAUAUGAUGACUUUAAUGUACAUGUUCGGAUUGGCUGCUGGUUCAGUGGUAGCCUACUCGAUAGAAAACGCUUUAGGUCCUGUAGAUGAACAUCCUUGUGCUCCUAUGCGAUAUACGCAAGUUGUUUCUGGUACUCCAGCCACAAGUACCGCGCAUGAUAUUUAUGGUAACCAUUUGACCACCCGCCUCAUAACUACUCUACUUCCUUUUACGACUGUUGGUGCUGUUACUGAGUCAGCAAAUAUCACUGAGAGCAGUUUAAAUUGA